AUGGCUCGCAUCUCCAUCCCCCUCGACGCCCUGACGUCCCGCUUCAACCUCUCUCAACGCUUCGAAGGCGUCCGCUCCCAGUCGAUAGCCUCACGAUUCGCCAACCUGAAGCCGAUCUCCGAAUUCUUCGAUUUCAAGCGCCUGUCGAAGCCUGAGAACUUCGGGGAGGCCCAGAGCCGCGUCAACUACAACCUGGGAUACUUCUCCAGCAACUAUGCCCUCAUCUUCGUCAUGCUGGCCAUCUACGCCCUCCUCAGCAACCCGGCCCUGUUGUUUGUCAUCUUCCUAGUGGUCGGAGGCAUGUGGGGGAUUGGCAAGUUGGGUGGUGCCGAUUUGGAUUUGGGAUUCGUGCGAGCGACGACUUCACAACUAUACACCACGCUCCUAGUCAUCGGCAUCCCGCUGACCAUCUACGCAUCCCCUCACCUCACCAUCCUCUGGUUGAUCGGGGCAAGCGGCGCUACCAUCCUGGGGCACGCCGCAUUUAUGGACAAGCCGAUCGAGCAAGCUUUUUCCGAGGAGGCGGUCUAG